UGUAGCAUUUUCAGUCCCGCUGUUCCCCUUCUCCACUUUAUCUACCAAGACAGGACCCCAGAGGAUAAGACCUACAGACUGAGGAUUUCUGCUUAAAGGAGGAAACGGACGGCGAAACCAGCAGUGGUUUAACCAGCAAGCUUUAACUAAAGCAAAACUCUCACCAAUGCGGACUGUUCGAGCGGCGACAUGAGCACAUUACCUGCCCGGGACUGUUGACAGUUCAGUUCCGGAGCUGCCCGGGAGUUGACCAUCAGGAAAACCGGGGAUUUAUUGAAAGUUGUAACAGGGAGAAGAAGGUGCACCAAGAAAGAGUAGGUUAGUGGGCACAGCCGGAGAGAAGUGCAAUGGACAGGCUGGCAGCUUGGUGUAAAGUGGCGGGGGGGCUGCUGUGGAUCGGGGCCGUGUUGCUGGGAAGCGGCCAGGGUCACUUCGCUGAUCAGCACGUCCACUCGAGCUUCAUCUACCGGCGCCUGCGGAACCACGAGAGGAGGGAGAUCCAGAGGGAGAUCCUGUCUAUCCUGGGUUUACCUCACCGGCCCAGGCCCUUCUCGGUGGGGAAACACAGCUCGUCCGCCCCGCUCUUCAUGCUCGACCUGUACAACGCGAUGGCGAGUGAGCAGGAGCCGGAGCGUGGGGGGUCCCGGAGUUCGGUACCUUACCGAACCAGCCUGAGCACCCAGCGGCCUCCACUCGCCAGCCUGCACGACACCAACUUCCUUAACGAUGCCGAUAUGGUCAUGAGCUUCGUUAACCUGGUUGAAAGAGACAAGUAUUUUUCUCAUCAACGAAGGCACUACAAGGAAUUCCGAUUUGAUCUCACACAGAUUCCUGAAGGAGAGGCAGUAACAGCAGCAGAAUUCCGAAUUUACAAAGAUCGAAGCAACAGUAGAUAUGAAAAUGACACCUUUAGGAUUACUAUAUAUCAAGUUCUUAAAGAGUAUUCUAACAGAGAUGCCGACCUCUUUCUGCUGGACGACAAGAAAAUCCGCGCGUCUGAUGGAGGAUGGCUUGUCUUUGAUAUCACCGCUACCAGCAAUCACUGGGUCGUAAACCCACAGCACAAUCUGGGCUUGCAACUUUGUGUGGAAAUAAUGGAUGGUCGCACCAUCAAUAUUAGAUCAGCUGGCCUCAUAGGAAGACAUGGACCACAAUCUAAGCAGCCCUUUAUGGUGGCGUUUUUCAAAGCCAGUGAAGUUCUGUUACGUUCCGUGAGGGCUGCCAAUAGUAAACGGAAAAACCAAAACCGAAACAAAUCCAGCAGUUCUCAAGAUUCUUCAAGAUUAUCCAGCCCUGGAGAUUACAACAGCAGUGAGCAGAAGCAAGCUUGCAAGAAGCAUGAACUGUAUGUGAGUUUUCGGGACUUAGGGUGGCAGGAUUGGAUCAUAGCCCCAGAGGGUUAUGCAGCUUUCUACUGUGAUGGAGAGUGCUCUUUUCCACUCAAUGCUCACAUGAACGCUACAAACCAUGCAAUUGUGCAAACACUGGUUCACUUGAUGUUCCCUGACAACGUCCCCAAACCUUGCUGUGCACCAACUAAGCUAAAUGCAAUCUCUGUGUUGUACUUUGAUGACAGUUCAAAUGUAAUAUUAAAGAAAUAUAGAAACAUGGUGGUAAGAUCAUGUGGUUGCCACUAGCUGGCAAUUUCAAAGAGGAAGAGGACCCAAUUAAAAAUACAAUCUUUAAACCAUUCUUAAACUUUUACCAAGUGAUCCCAAAUUGGGUUUGAAGGUGCUUCAUGUACAGUGUUAUGUAUAUAGUACUCAUUGUGCUUGUAAUUUAUUUCUUUCAAUUUAACUACUUUGCUGCGAAAAUUAAAACAGAUGUUCUCAGUCCUUUCUGGUAGUGCACAAAAAAAACAACUGUGGUUGAUUAAAUAUUUAUUCAAUAGAGCUGAAAACUGGUACAUUUUUAGACAAAGCUUUUCUUUAUGAUGCAAACAUUGCGAAGGUGGUAAAUGGUUUUAUUAACUUAUCUGAUUUCCUGCUAUAUAUAUUUUUUUUUUAUAAACAGAGGAAUUUAAAAAUAUUUUUACACACUUCAUCUCUUUCUGAAACUGUACUAUAUAAAAUAUUAGAGAUUAAAAUGUUGUCUAAUUAUUGUCCUAUUCAUUAUGUACUGUAUAUCUACAAACUUGCUGGCUGUUAUACGAUAUAUAUAUGACAAUUUUGCUGAUGAUUAAUUCUUAAUUUCAGAAUCACACUAACUGGUUAUUUGUAUGUAUUCAGUCCGUAAAUUCAAAAUAUUGACACCACUUUGUAGACGCGUUUCCCCUCACUUUGAGAAAGGUAAUGGACAGCUGGAAUGACGUUGGGAUUUUGUCCCAGGGAGUCAUGCGGUGGAAUAUGCAUUUCCCUGGACAAACUGUAAGUCUUGCGUUCUAUCACUAAGCUUCUUCACUGUGAAAUCAGUCAGUAUGAAUAAGCCAAUUUCAAAGGUGACGAAUUGAUGGUUCAGAGCCUUGGACCUAUCUCACCUCAAAUACUGUGUUUGGUUUUGGACACCACUUCUCAGGAAGGAUUCAUUAACCUUGAAGGUUCACCAGAAGGUUACCACAACUUAACAAGUGAAAUCCAAGACUUGGGCCAAUAGAGUUUCUUAUAGGUAAGAGAAUCAUCCCAUCAAAGGCAGGCAAACGUAUGCUAUGGCGGAAUAAGCACGUGUGACUGAUCCACUCCUGUUCUUGUCUUCGUAAGCCCACAUAUCGCAGUUUAGCUAAUGUUUUCUAGUCAAAUUGAAACUGCCUGUGUUUUACUUGUUCUGAACUGGCACAUUUUCCCAAGGCUGAUUGAUCAUGAUUUCAAUGAAUCAUUGGCUAAGAUAGAAGAAAUCUGCUGCAGCCCUAAGCCUGACAAAUUCUAGAAGAGUAGGGUAUGAACAAAAGAUGCUGAUCUUACAUUCUCUUCUGGUCAUGCAGAUGUUAUUGUUCUGGAUAAGACAUAAUGGAAAGGUCAGUGUGUUUCGUUGGGAAUAUCUAUUCUUGCUAUUCAAUCACUAACAGUAAGAUGAAUGCAAUCUAAAUGAUGCAAUUAAAGGCGGUAAUUGGAGAAACAUGGGCUGAAACACAACUACUCAAGACCUUUAAUACAAUGGAAUGGAGGAAUGUAGGUUAAGCACCCAUCGACACCCUCUCCCUACAAUCAAAAUUAUCCAUUUCGGUUUAUGCAGCUGUGAGGAGAUGCCCAAGAUAAAAGUUAUGUCACUGCUUUCUCAUUAGAGAGAGAUGACUGGUGGUGAGUUUAACCUGACGGUCACGAUGCCUUAGGUGAGGGGAGAUGUUGAGAAGGUGGACCUUCAUGGUAACCUUCAGCCAGUGCAAGAAUUGAUGGUUCCGUGGUACAGAGCAGUGGAUAUAGGAAUCGGACCUGCACUGUUAACAUCACUCUGUAUCACAAACCAGGCAUCCAGACAAGUGAGCUAACCAACCCCACUGCAAGUAAAGAACAUUGUGACUUCAACACCCUUUCACACUUCUGACUGUUAUGGUGCAGCAAGAGGCCAUUUAGCCUGUUGCAUCUGUACUGGAUCUUUGCAAGUGUCUUACAAUUGGGAUUACUAGCAUUGCCAAAAUAAAAUUCCCUCUGUCCUUCAAAUGUUUUCUUUUCAAAUGUAUUUAUUAAAAUACCUCUAGGAAGUUAAUAUUGAGUCUACUUCUAUCCCUUUUUCAAACGGCACAUUUGGCUUACACUAACUUGCUGCCUAAAAAUAUAAACUAUCCUCCCUUUUACCUAGUUAUUUGUGCUAAACCUUUGCUUAACUUGGUGUCUUUUCAUAAUUGAUUCUUCAUGUAGGUUAUCUUCAUUUACUCUAACUAAAACCUGUUAAAUUUGACCAUCUCCAUUAAAUCUCCCUUUAACCUUAUCAAUUCUGAAAUCUACAUAACCAAAAUCCAUCAAUAUGUUUUAGUAAAAGUUCUUUAAUAGGAUUGUCUUUUCACAUUAUUAAAUUUGUAUUUCUGCAUAUUUAAUCAUGCAGCAGAGCUAAUUUUCAACUUGAAUUCUCAGAUUAUUUGGCACUGUUCAUGAAUACAAAAGUUAUUUUAAUUUACGUUUAUACAUAAUUUAUAUUAAAAAGGAAUCAGGACACUGUUCUUCAUAGAUGAUUUCUAAUAUUUAAGACUGGUAUUACACUUCCUGAGUUAUUUCUUUAAGUGUGUUGAGACUUUGCAUGUGGAAUAAUUGGUUUAAGUACAAGUUCCAGAACAAUGCUAGAAUUGUGAAAUUUUGGUAUAUGAUCAAAUUGAAAUGACUUGUUUGUACAGACAUGUAGCAUGCCAUUGCAUUUGAAUUUUAAAUAUUCGGAGAUAAAAGAAUAAAAUAAACAUUUAGUUUAAUGUGGCACCUCUUAUGACCUCAGGACAUCUCAAGGCAAUGGUGUACUUUUGAAGUAUAGUUACUGUUACAGUAGAUAACCCAUGGCAGCAAACUCUUACAUACAGCAAUGUGAUAAUGAGCAGGAAAUGGGUUUUUAGGAUUUGGUUCAGGGAUACAUACUCACUGGGACAUUGGACAUAACUCCCCAGCUGCUCUUUGAACUAAUACCAAUUCAGCUUUAAUGUCUUUUUUCAUUUAUCAUUUCAUCUGAAAGAAAGCACCUCUGACAGUGCUGCUCUGGAAUAAUGGCAGAGAUUUUGUGUGCAAGUCUAUGGAGUGGGACUUUAAACCUUCAUUCUUCUGACUCCCUUAGCUCCAUCUCUCACAGACAGCACUGGAUGUAGAGUUUUAAUGAUUUUAUGGCCCUGCUUGAAAGAGUCCUUCACAGAUAUAGAGGAACAAUUUUUUUUUCACUGGUUAUGUUUUUUCAUAUCAGGGAAUGUUUAAAUCUUUAAUAUUAACAUUGUCUAUUUUAGCAGCAUCCUUGUCCCAAAUGGCAAUUAAAUAAUAAAAGACUUUGGAGCUCUGUUUUGUAAGAAAGUCGCAUACCAGUAUUGUAUGUAUGUAUGUAUGUUAUACAGGAAUAUAUUUUCUGGAAUAAAAAUGUCUAAGUGUCAA